GCGCCGGGAGGCGGAGCCGGCCGGGCGAUCGCGGCCCGGCCGCUUCCUGGUCACCGGAGCAGGAGGCGACAGGAGCCCGCCGAGGCGGCUGCGGGGUCCGGCGGCUGCGGGACCGGCUGCCGCCAUGGCCUCGCUCUUCAAGAAGAAGACCGUGGACGAUAUAAUAAAGGAGCAAAAUCGAGAGUUAAGAGGUACACAGAGGGCUAUAAGCAGAGAUAGAGCAGCACUUGAAAAACAGGAAAAACAACUGGAACUGGAAAUCAAGAAAAUGGCUAAGACUGGUAACAAAGAGGCCUGCAAAGUGCUGGCCAAGCAGCUGGUGCAGCUGCGGAAGCAGAAGAAUCGAACCUAUGCUGUGAGCUCCAAAGUCACUUCCAUGUCCACUCAAACAAAGGUCAUGAACUCCCAGAUGAAGAUGGCAGGAGCUAUGUCAGCUACAGCCAAAACAAUGCAAGCAGUUAAUAAGAAAAUGGAUCCACAAAAGACACUACAAACUAUGCAGAAUUUCCAGAAGGAAAACAUGAAGAUGGAAAUGACUGAAGAAAUGAUUAAUGAUACUCUGGAUGAUAUUUUUGAUGCUUCUGAUGAAGAGGAAGAAAGCCAAGAUAUUGUUAACCAAGUGCUUGAUGAGAUUGGGAUUGAAAUCUCUGGCAAGAUGGCCAAAGCUCCCUCAGCUGCCCGAGGGUUGCCAUCUGCAUCGGCAUCGACCACCACCACCAUAUCGGAUGAAGAGAUUGAACGCCAGCUCAAAGCCUUGGGGGUGGAUUAACUCGUCCAGUUCAGAGUCUGCCUGCUGAGUGUUCAGCUCUAGUCACAUGUACAGAGUGCAAAUACUCUUUCAAUGCAACUGAUUUCUAGGAAAACCCUGAAGUCUCAGAAAUGACAACUUGAAGAUCAAUUUGCAAAGAAAAGUACAUUUUUUGUCCACUGCAUGGAGUCUUUUUGACUCUGGACCAACCAGGGGGGUAGUUCUAACGAUAAGUUCACUCAUACCUGAUGCAGAUCUAUCCUUUGGAUUCAAGUUUUCUUCCAUCUCAGUUCCUGAUCUAUCUCUAGAACUGGCUAUUCUGUGGCUGGUGAUGCCACUUCCUAGGACAGCACCUAUGUAAUAUUUAUCAUUAUUACAAAACUAUGGCUAUAGGAACAUUCUUAGUCUGUCAUCACAAACAAAACUUCACCUUGGGUCUUAGUUGGAAACUAUUUUUUCCAUGAGAUACAGCUUUGAGAGUAGCAGAUUUAGGCAGAAAGAAAAAAACAUUUUAUGUAUUCCUUUGAAAUUCCUGUAGCAACUUUUGAGCUGAUGAAAUAAUAGCUCAUUAUUCUUCUUAUCAGAAUGGAAGGAUACACUCCUUGUGCAAAUAAUUUUUUUGGAAGAGGAAUUACAUUUGUUAGUGAACUUUGUUGCAUGAAAGGCACUGAUUGAACUCUAUUGUACUGUAACAUAGCUGGUUUCAACAGAAUUGCUGUGCCUUUAUGUAUAUAAAUCUUGUACCUUUGUGGUUUUCUUUCAGAAUGAGUCUUUGGAAGGUGAGUAAACUUAAUUAAGAUGGUUUCACAAAAUGCUUUGGUGAGACCUCUGUGCACACUUGAUGGGACUCAGUGCUGAAGUGGAGAGAUGCACUCAUUCAGAAAUGCAACUUGUGCACUUGCAAAAAGGACAUUGCCUGAAGCAACGUUUGUAUAUAUUUUACAGUAUUUCUUAAAUGAAGAUAACUGCAUAAUUGUAUUGUUUGCUAAGAUGCAACUGAUCACAUUGAAAGUAUCAGUUUUGAGAACAAUUUUGGAUCAUAAAUGAUAACUACUUGUCUAAACACUAUAAUAAAAGUAUUCUGGUUCUGUGAA